AGUAUGCAGGCCAAGACGCAAAGGUAACCUUCGCCCCUCCCAGGCACUUUUGGUGAAGGUCGGCGCUCGACCGGAGACUACUUUCUUUCUCCCUUCGCCUCUCUUGGUUCUGUGAGUGUACUCCUUUUUUUUCUUUUUUUCCAGUUCAUGUAAUUCAUGUAAAUAAUUUCCACAUUUUUUUUUUGACCUCACGCCCCACCUCCCUCUUUCUUGCAGCAUGCAGUCGUCUUCCGCUUCGCCUUCACGGCUGCCAAUGCUGCGGCAGGACCGCCCGCCACACAACGACGGCCCGCAGCCCUCUGGCGUGCGAGCAGGCGGCAGGCAACCCAGCACGUCGCUCGUGUCGAACUCCACCAUCGCCUCCGCCAAUCGCGCACUGCGCAGCGGUGGCGGCGGCAAUAGUCACCGCAACAGCACCCGCAGCCACGACAGCUACCACACCUCCUCCUCGCCCUCCGACGCGAGCGGCGCCGUCAACUUCGAUGCCGCAUCACGCGACAUAUCCCAGCACCACCACCUCGUUGGAGCAUCAGACAACAGCAGCAACAUCAGCAAUAGCAAGCAGAGCGCGGUAUCAGCCACGGCGGCGACGACGACGACUGCCGCACGACUGCGCCUCCCUCCCACCACGCUGCCACACCCCUUACCGCGUGAGCAGCCGUCUGCGCACGUAUCCCCACUGAACACGCCCACCCCGGCGGCGCGGCUUUCGCACCUCGAGCAGACCGGACAGCUCGGUUCCCUGCCGCCGCAGUUGUACCUGCCCGAGCUCCAACCUGCCGGGGCAGCGCUGGACACCUUGACCCCGCCCAUGGACGGGCUGGUGGCGCUGCAAGACGCCACUACUGGUUUGUUCGUCCGGCACGUCACCCUGGAGGACCCGGCGGCGGCGGAAAAGGAGGCGUCGGUCACCACCGACACGGCGAUCACGCCCACCGACACCGACCACACAAAAUCCCCCACCACGCCGAGAGCCACCUAUGAGUCAGCACGGGCAGAGGCCUUGAUGAAGGCAACGCCUCUUGUCUCUGCCGCCUUGUUGGACGCCGGCGUCGAUGACCGCAUUAACCCUUUCCUGCUCGACAAGAUGAUCCGCCAGGGUCAUCGACGGGUGGCGGCAGUCGCGGCGGCAGCGGCAGCAGCGAAGGCGGCAGCGGCAGAAGCAAAGAGGAAGGCGGACAGCGGGAGGAUGUAUCCUGCCCCUUCUUAUCCAGCGGUUGCCGCCCCUGCUGCUGCGCCAAAAGGCCCGAGGACAUCCGCAGACAGAAGCGGCAAGGCGGCACGCGCCGCGGACGAGACGCGCUUCCACGAACCACCUGCUCUUCAAUCCGCCUACAACGUCGUCUCGCUGCCCGUCGUUCCAGCCAAUGCAGCAGAAAAGGAGGCGGAGCGGCGCGAGGAUCUCGUCCGGGCCGCGAAGGACGCCGAUGCAUUUGCGGAGAUACUCGCCGAGUACGCGAACGACGCGCAGGACGAAGAGGCAGCCUGCAAUCCACGAUCGGCAGCUUUACUUGAGGAAAGGCAACUCACCGCGAAGCGUGGUCAGACCUCAACACAAAGCCACAAGACGCUGCUGCUCAUGUCGUCGCCCGAUUACACGCGCUUCGCAUCCGCCGCGAGCGCCAACGAUGCGGCUUUUAUUCGGCAGCUCGUGAGCUACUACUACACCACUCGCACACGCGCUGCGGCGGCGGCAGCCGACUCACAGAAAUGGAGUGAGACAGGCACUAAACCCGUACGCGUGGCGCUCACCUCCACGACGCUGGAGGCGGCCGUGAAGGGUGCGACGGGCUCCAGCGUCGAUCCGCUGCAGGGCUACAACGACACCGUCGCCUGGCAAAGAGCUGCCUCUCUUCGUGCGAACGAGGUCGAAGCGAACAAGGACUUCUCCAUGCUGGACGCGGUGCUGUCGGUGAGUCGGGAGUACGUUGAGGUGCAGGCAUCGGAGAUGGGCGUGCCGGGCAAGGGCACCGCCGCCCUGUCGGAGCGCCGUCGCGACCUCCUGCGUAAACUGAUCACGCUGGACCAGACCCGCAUCCCGGACUCGCUGUGGGUGACGUGCGCUCCACCGCUGAGUCGCCUCGCGACGCUGACCUCCUCAUCCCCGCAAGCAGCAGCAAAUCGUGCGAACCUGCUGGACGCGUCCACGGCGGCGGCGGACCGCGAGCAGGACGCGACGAGCACUGGCAGUUUAGUAGGGGCGAGCGGUGCGUUCAUGGCUGCCCUCACAGGCCCCGCAGCGGCGGCGGCAGGAGAGAAAGCACGCCGGUUCAGCGAGCAGGCCCGCCCCAGCAUCGUGGCGGCCUCGAUCGUCGCGACGCAGAGCGAGGACAGCAUGCACUACGGACACCGGUCACAGGCAGCGGUGAACCCCGCUGCGGCCGCCACCAGCUCCAACACCAUCUUCCCCGCCGUCCGUCCAACGGAGCGGUCGCAGGUGUACCUGCUCGCCGAUGUGCUGGACCGAAUGCUGCACGACCCCUCGCACCCGCAGUGGGUGGAGCUGCUGUCGAACCCGGAGAUGGCGCGGUACGUCUUUGCCGCGGACGGCGACGCGGCGGCCGAGGCUUUCAACUUCGGCAACGAUAACGACGUGAGUGCGUCGCUGCGAAUGAAUCCUGAAACGGAAAAGCUAGCGGAGGCGCUGUGGGGUCCGCCGGGCGAUCAGCGACUGAUGGCCUACACCGACGCCGCCCUCCAAGUCCUGGACAUCUUGGAUACCGGGCUGUCCGAACUCGUGCGUCAGGUCGCGUGUCACUGUACCGAACGGGGCGCCCUCCUCGACCUUCUCCGGCAAUCCGUCGUCGACAUCACGACGACGCAGGUGCAUCUGUUAGGUCAGGUGAAGCAGCAGGCCCGGCAAGACGCGGCGAAUGCGGUAACGCUGCGAGCAGAAAACAAGCAGCUUCGAGAGCAGCUGAGCACAGCGCGGCGUGAGCUGGCGGAGUUAGCGGAGACGCACACACAGCUGCUCGACCGCAUCGAUCCAAUCCAGCGAAAGAGUGACCGCCUCGACGAACUGAUGGCGCGUGUGGCGAGCAAGGCGCGCCGCUUCGAGACACACCGCCAAGACGAGCACAUCGCCCUCCUACAGCUGUUGGAGGAGAGCAUGAAGCAGAAGGCGACAUCCACGGUGGACAGCUUUUACAACGAAGUGAACGACAUGUACGCCCGCCACGCAGGCGAGGAUCACACGGACACGAGCACGCAUGGUGGCAUCCCGCUGCUGAUGGCGGCGGAAAUGCCGUCCGUGACGGCGGCUCGCGCCCACGCCGCAGAGCAGCGGCAGACGAUGGAGCGCAUGUACACCGAGUCCCAUAAGCUGCUGAAUGCCCUGCAGGACAUCGUCGCGGCCACCAACGCCGCUUGUUCCCCGCUGUAUCAGAAAAUGAUGCUGACGGACGUGUCGCCGGUGGCGAAGGUGGCGACCUCGCGGUGGACGACCGUCGCCCGCGCGGUCGGGGCUUUUGAGAAGGAGCGGCGUCAUCGGUUGCGCGUAUACGAGGUGUUCACGGAGUACUGUACCGUGUUUCGCCACGAACAAGCAGCCGCAUCGGCAGCGGCAGCAGCGGCGGCGGCAGCACAGAGUACUCCGGAUGCCAACAACAGCAAUGGAGUGAAGCGGCAAGCUUCGAAUGAGACCGCAGAUGACUCCAACACGUUCACCACUGCCACCCUUCAGAGCCACGGCGAGUCGUUCUUGGUCGAGCAGCGUCCAUCGCAGGAGAAGACGACGAAGACGAAGAAGCGCGACGGCGACGACGGCGACGGCACCGCGGACGGAACAGACGCAGACGCAGAGUCAAACGACGACCUUAUUGAUGUAAACAACAAAGUCCACUCUCUGCAACGUUCGCUGGCGCAGCCGCCAGCCCAGACCGAUCCGGCGAGCUCGUCCACCUCGCGCGGCACCGCGAAUCCACUGGGUACGAUUAUCACGCAAAAAGACCUCGUGGCGAUGUCCGCCACGGACUGCACCGUCGACGAGGUCAACGCGCUCUUCCGCAACGACCUCGACGUCCGCGCCUACCUGCGCGGCUCGUGGGAGGACUACAUCCGCGACCGCCGACUGCAGGAGACCGCCGCGGGCGUCGACGACACCUACACGCUGCGCCUGCCGGACCUGCUGCAGAUGCUGUGCGACAUGCACGUGACGCUGGCCGAGGUGACGCUGCGGAUGCGCGCCAUGGCGGAGAGCGGGGUGCUGCAGACCCUUCUCCGGCCGCCGCUGGAGCCGCCGGCGCACCCGGAGGUGCCGUGUCCGCUGUGCUGCCGGCGUGACACCUGUGAGAUGGACAGGCGGCGUCGCCGCGAGGCCAUGUCACGCAUCGCGCGGGACCUGCAGGGAAAGAUGGACGCCGUGGAGGCAAAGAGCCGCGCCGCCCAGCUCGAGCGCGACGAGGCGAAGCGUGAAGUUCGUCGGCUGAAGAUGGAGCUGCAGCAGGUGUCGCAGGGGAACGCCUCGGUGCCGAGCGCGGGCAACUCGAGCCCGUCGAGCGCGUCCCUGCACAACGCGCGGGACUCCUCGAUGCCCUCCUUCCGCCGCGGCCGGCGUGGAACCUCGACGCCGCGUGAGCCGCCGUUUGAUAACAGCGGCGGACAGGACAGGAAGGGCAGCGUUGGCACGCCGCGAUCUCAACGUCCCCGACAGUCGCGGCGCAAGUCCUCCACUGGCGAAACGCUCUCACCGCCACGUCGGUCCACCACCAAGGGCGGAGCCGACGACAGUGACAACAACGAUUCAGCCCCGAGGGGUCCAUGCAGCGCACUACAUCUUUUGAGACGAUGGCACCGCGCACGGAGACAAGUGUGA